UGACAUUUUGAUUUGUCAUUUUAUAGCAAAUAUUUACCCAUGGACUUACUGGAAAAUACAACAUUAUAUUAUUAAAUAAACAUAACGAAACCUUCCUUUCAAUUCAUGCCGUGAUUAAACUUUGAUUAACGCUCCAAAUUAUUACUGUGCCAAGUUUAAUUAGUUCAACUCACAAAGGAUUAUAGUUUACGAAGAUAACAGGGGAUACGGGGCAACAGUUUGGAUCAAAGAAACACUAGGGCUAGAGGAAAAUGGCCAAAAGCGCAGAACAAGAGGUAGAGAAAAUGAAACAAUUAGAAGAAAGGAUAAAAGCGCCUUCAAUAUGGGGCCGACUGCCUUGCGGUAUUAGAUUUGAGGAUUUACAAGACAGAAGGUAUGAGGACGCUGUGCGGUUGCUUAAGAACCAUUAUUUACCUGAAGAGAUUACAUACCGAUCAGUGAAAAUAUCCGAAGAGAAAGAAGGCGUCGAUGAGUUUGUACAUAACGUCAGGAUUUGGAUGAAAGACAAAAUGUCGAUAGCAGCUGUUAAAGAAGGCACAGACAAACUGGUCGGUGUGCUCAUCAUGAGGAUACAGGAGAAAAGUGCUUUCUCCAGAACGUUCAGCCGAGUGAAGAUCACCUACAACCCGCAGUACACUACUGUGAUGACUUUCUACAGAGCGAUUGAGAAACCAGUGGAUCUCUAUGAUAAAUUGGGUGUGAAAAAGUAUUUCAAAAUUUAUCUGCUGGCCUUGAAGACCAGGUACCGCCAUCGGGGUAUAGCCAAAGAUAUGCUAAAGGCAGCGAUAGCGUUAAGCGUAAACGCAAACGUGCCAGCCAUUUCGGGCAUCUUUACCACGGCGCGUGGACAGCAAAUAGCUGAGGAGCUGGGGUUCGAGAAGUUCAAUGAGUUAUACUAUGUUAGAUACCUUAUAGAUGACCAGAUAGUAUUUUGGGACACGGGUCUCGGUAACUACGGCGCUGCGCUCAUGGCCUACCGGAUCCCGGCAGUUGAAGAGAUGGAAGAGAUCCAGACGCAAGCAUCUUCCCGCUUCACCAUUCAGCAGCCUGACGACGAUGACGAGGAAAAAUGAUCAAUAAAAGAGUACCAAAACUA